UACGGAGCAAACUCGCGAUAGCAGCGGGAAUGCAGUGAAGUCAUCUCCUAUUGUUCAAAGACAUGAAGUCGUCGCCGCCCCUUGACCCUUGCCACAGCGGCUGCUUUGUACGUCUCGAGGGCCCAACAUGCGCCGAGGCUUCCUAUUGAAUAGGUCUCUGAGCGCGGACAACAAGUCUCAGCGAGCGCCGAAGCCGAAAUCCGGGGACGAAGCUCACGGUCUCGUAGACAAGUCUCGACCUCCUGCGGGAGCGGCUCCGAUACCCAUUCCUACGCUCCGUACCCAGAGCAUAUCACACCACGAGCCUCAACUCAGCGCGCUCACGCUCGGCACGCAGGUCACCCUCUAUGUAGUCCACCUUCCACCUCCUCCCUCUGGCCUUGGUUCUGCCGAGCACACCACGACCUGCGUCCUCCUCUCCGGCCAAACCCCUCACAUCCUCGCGAUCCCAGGCUUCCCAUGUGCCCCAGCCCAGCCGGCCAUCCCGCGCCUGUACGACCUCCGCCCAGUGCCCAGCGCGCUCUCAGCGUCCAGUCCAGGCAGCCCAGUCGUGGAGCUCGGACUCUUCGCUCCUGCUGUCCUCGAGCCGGGAGACCUCGUCCUGAGCGAGCGCCCGCUCCUGCUCACGCUGCGCGCGCUCCCCGCGGGCGAUGCGCCCGGCAUGCGUGCGGACGACCUCCUCGAGCGCGUCGCCGCAUCGAUGCCUGCGCGCGAGCAGCGCGCUUUCCUCGGGCUCCGGAACUACAGGGCGCGCGACACGCGGUACUCCCGCGCGAGGGGAAUCGUGGACACGAACGCCCUUGGUGUGGGUGCCCUCCCUGGGUACCCCGGCGAUUGUGCGGUCGUAUGCGAGCUGACGUGCCGCGCGAACCAUAGUUGCUCACCGAAUGCAGUCGCGCGUUGGGACUUGCCCUCCUUCUCGAUCGAGCUCCGCGCUCGGCGGCGGAUCCUUGCGGGGGAGGAGAUAACGAUCUCCUACCUCCCUGAGCUCACGCUCCCUCGCGCCACACGGAUCACCCUCCUUCGCGAAUCGUACGCGUUCACUUGCGCGUGCCCCGCCUGCUCACUCACCGGCGAUGCACACGCCCGGAGCGACGCGCGCAGGGCGGCCCUCGCGCGACAUCGUUCGCUCGUGUAUGAUGACGCGCAGUUUGCGGAAUGGCUCGCGGAACCGGGCGAGGAGGGUGCGCAUAAGGUUGUCGCUGCGUGUGAGGCGGUGAUGGCGAUGAUCGACGAAGAAGGCUGCAUCGAGGACGUGGUGUGGCCCGUGUGUCUGCACUGGCUGUGUAAGGCAAACUCUGUGCUGGGGAGAGAAGAGGAGGCACGCGCGCGUGCGCGUCGUGCGGCGGGGCUCGCGAGAGCAUUCACGGGUGAAGACGGUGGGUGGGUAAAGGUCGCUGAUGACCCGCGGAUGACGGAGUGGUGGUGCUGUCGGACGAAACAGUGACGUGAACUCUACAGGCAGGGAUCCUUGAUCAGUAAGUUACCUGAAUAUCCGAGUUGGUAAUGUAGCACCUUUUUUGCGAAGGG